AUUUAUGGUGCCGCUCCCACAGCAGCAUCGUACAUAGUGUGAAGAGCAGAAACCAGGAACUCAUAUUCAGCAAACUACAGGUAACAGUGGGAUGAUGAGUGCUGCUCAGACCCAAGCAACACUGGAGUCCAAACUGGAGGCCCUGCAGUGCCACUUCACUUGGAAUCUGGACCAAAGCACGACUAAACUUUUCCGUCUCAGGGACCAGCUGAAGGACAUUGGCACAGAGGAGGGAUACAGCUGGCUGGGUCACAUUUACAACCUGCAGGGGUUCAUUCACUACCAGCUGGGGUUCACCGAUGAUGCCCUGCGUUUCUUCAGCAGGGCAGCAGAGGCCUUCCGCCAGAUGAGAAACACUGUCUCAGACGAGGGCCCCUGGUUGGUGGUGAACCACAGGAACCUGGCGUGGCUGCACCACCAUCUGGGAGACCGAGCAGAGAGUCAGGCUUACCUGUCAAAGGCCGACGACUUGACAAAUGAAUACCCAUCUCCAUCCCAGGACCAGCUCCAUCCAGAGAUCUACGCUGAAAAAGCCUGGACCCUGAUGAAGUUUGGCGCAGAAGAAAAGCUUCUGGCUGCAGAUUACUUCCAGAGAGCCAUCAGGAUGCAGCCGGACACGGUGGAGUGGCACAGCAGCCACGUCAUAGGGUUAGUGAAUGCUUUUAAGCAUAGCAACAAAAAGCUGGGGGCUGACAUCUUGGAGAAAAUGAAAAUCGCCAAGGAACACGAUCCAGAGAACUUGUAUCUCGCUGCUCUGUACCUUGAGGCAUGUGCUACGAAAGGAAAGCAAAUUGAAAGUGAAGCGCGUGAGUUGGCCAGCAGGGUUUUAAGGAAGCCCAUUAGCAGCUACAGUGGUAUCAAACCAUUACUAAGGCUGUACACAAUGUAUGUAUCUCCUGAUGAGGCCAUUGAUUUGGCUGAGGAGGUUCUGGAAAGACAUCCAGAUGAACGAUAUCUGAAGAGAUGUGCUGCAGUCUGCUACAAAAAGAGGAUCUUUUUACACCGGGACAAUCCCCUGGAGCACAGCCUGAUCGACAGAGCUAUCAGUCUCUAUGAGGAAGUGAUUCCUCUUUACCCUCGUUCUUCACUUAAGAGAAAAAUAUCUCUUGCAAACAUAUACGCAGAGUCGAAACACCGAGCUAAAGCUGACCAGAUAUACGAGGAAUUGCUGGAGAGUGAUCUGGAUGCUGAAGGGGCACAGAUGCUUUACAACUACUAUGCAAAAUAUGUACACUUCAUCCGAAAAGAGAGCUACAAGUCGAUAGAAUAUCACAUGAUGGCAGCGGCGGUACCGCAACAAUCAUACUAUCGUAAAAACAGCAUCAGAACUCUAGAGAGGAUCAGAGAAAGAAACAGAAACCGAAUGUGUGGAGAAAUAGAUGAGUUUCUGAAUAACAUGCAAGACUAAUGCAGCUUUACCAAUGCAUGGUACGGCUCGACUCGCUCGUUUUUUGGUUUUCCAUUUGCAAAAGUUUUAGAUAGUAGCCUUCCUGGUACUUAUUUGGUACCACCUUGGUUGAGGUUCCAAGCGAGCUGAGCCAAUACUAGAAGAGUUGGAGUUUAAACACUGCAGACCAUUGAUUGGUCAGAGAGAAUCGUCACUAGCGCAACACGGUAUAUCCUGCACAAACCCACCUUUUCCAAGCUAUCGUCAAUAGCGACCGCAAUUGUUUGAUUCACCUCGCUCAGCUUUUACAAAGUGGCAGCCUAAAACAUUAUGCUGUACAAUACACUACUAGGAUACCCAUGCCUCAUUUUGAUGCCACUUAAACGCCUGUGCUGCUCUAUAGACCAGUGCUCUGAAAUGGACGUUACAAGAAACAGAAGCUGCAUCUGUAACUAGUUAACACUACAUGUGGCAGCAGGUAACAUUAGCCUACUGUUAGCUAGUAGCUAGCUAAAACACUAUUAAAAUGCUGACAGCUCAACGGUCUAACAUGCUGUUUUUCAAUGAAAAGAAUGCAAAGGGUUCAACAGACUGCAGCUAAAGACACAGAGGAGACUAGCUGCACUGUGGCCACUGCUGCUGACAACACAGACGGGACUUAAUGGUGCGUUCAAUUGCAAAUCUUAAGCUCAUUGUGCAUUCAAAGUUACUUUUUCUAUCUAGUGGUUCUUCUUUUCAUCAUUUCAAG